CCGCUUCUUGUCGCUGCAGCUUCCUCGUCACAGAUCGGCGCUUGAUACUGAAGAGAGGUGCCGUCAAACCACCAUGACAAUGCUUAAGUUACAUCCGACCAUUCUGCAUUUUACCAUCAACUGGUCAAGCAAAGCACAACAACAUUCAACCAAACUCAAAUUGACAUGGCCCCACUGCCAUCCGCAACCAUGACCACACCCGACGUGGCUCCGGCCACAGCUACUACCGCCUCGCAGCCCUUUGACGACUUAGUCGACAAGGUCGAGAGCGGCUACGCCGCUAUGCCUACCACCCCAAAGACAGCCACGUCCUUCUCAACAUCCAAACCGCAAGGUCUCCAGCGUUUCGCCGUGCAGAGCGUGCAUCUACGCGAGUGCUUCGCCGAGUUCCUCGGCACCUUCGUCAUGAUCGUCUUCGGUAUGGGCGUCAACAACCAAGUGACCAACUCGCAAGACGCCAACGGCACGUGGCUCAGCAUCAACAUGUGCUGGGGCAUUGGUGUGCUCAUCGGCGUCUACUGCUCUGAGGGCAUCAGUGGUGCCAACCUCAACACGGCCGUGACACUGGCGCACUGCGUGUACGGCCGUCUGCCGUGGUGGAAAGCUCCCGGUUACAUGAUCUCACAACUAUUGGGUGCCUUCUGCGGAGCCUUCAUCAUCUACGUCAUGCAGUACCAGAACCUCAACGUCAUCGACCCGCACCGCGAGACCACACAGAGCAGCUUCUCCACGUACCCGAGCGAUAACAUCUCCAACUACACAGCCUUCUACACCGAGUUCAUCGGUACUGCCAUGUUGGUUCUCAGUAUCUACGCCAUCACGGACAAGCGCAAUAGAUCUGCGGGCCCAGUGGGCUCUCCCUUUGCCUUCUGCCUCAUGAUCAUGGCGUUGGGCAUGGCUUUCGGCAUGAACACGGGCUACGCUGUGAACCCUGCGCGUGACUUGGGUCCACGCAUCUUCACGGCCAUCGCCGGCUGGGGCUCCAAGGUCUUCACCAUUCGAAACUACUACUUCUGGAUCCCGCUCGUCGCCGACUCUCUGGGCGGAGUGUGCGGCGCAGGUCUGUACCGCGUCUUAGUGGAGAUGCACCACCCGCAGCCUCAGCCAGAGCUAGUGUAGGCGAGCUGACAGCAUCGGUCGGUUCUACCUCAUUAGAUAGAGCGGUAGUAGCCACCAAGCAAGUGUAAUAUAGGGGUUCAACGAGUUAAUUGUGUUUGUUCUAGAUUUGUUCGUAUGAAUUCGAGUUGGUAUUUUCUCAGGCUCGCUGGUAUCCAAACGAGG